AUUUCCCGUGUUUACAUCCAAAUCCUGUUCAAUGCCAGAGAUGCCCAACGCUAUUUAGUUGCAAAUGCAAAAAACGGCAUCGGAUGGAAGCUUUGACGAGAGACGGUCUCCCUCUCCCCCUAUCAUCUCUGCGUCUGUUAGUUCCUCCACUGCGGCUGGUGUCUGCAGCUCUAUGGCAAGUUGUUCAGCAGAGAGACGUAAUGGACUACGGGUUGGUGGAGGAGUUUGUCACCACUGUGUUGGAGAUAGUUCCUGAUAUGAUGAGUUACAGGGAGAGAGUCCAACUCAUCAUGGGCCUGCGAGCACAGCUGGUUCUGGAGUUGUGUCGCUCUGAUCACCUAGCCAACCCUGAGACUAUCCAGCCACACCUGAACAGGAUGAAGACCUGUAUCAUCACUCAUAGGGACAAGGAGAUUUCUGAUCCAGAGGUGGAAGCGUCAGAAUCAAACUUCCUGAAGCUGAUUCAAACUCUGCUGGAAUACCCAGUUGAGAAGGAAUACUUCUUUCAGAGUGUGUUUCCAGAGGAAUUUGGCCCCAAGUAUGACUCAGCACUGCAGACUCUGGUGUGGGAGUUCCUCUCCAGGCUGGAGAAGCUGCUUCCGACACCAACCCUUCAACAGACUGCAUCUUGGUUCCUACCUGACCCCUCUGUCCUGGAGGAGUGUGUGCAGUGUGUAUCCCACCCUCAGCCUUUGAAGACCCUUCUCCAGCACCACAACAACACAUGUGGACAUGUAGACACCAAUGGUCUGUUUUCUGGCGACAAUCAAAUCCCAAUCAAAGCUGACCCAGACGUCCAAUCAGAACCUGUGCAGCAAUGUAUGAGCCCUGUCUCAUCUGACAAUGAAUCAGAGAUGACCCCUUUGUUGGAACUGGGGAUUGAUUCAGACCAAACUGUAAAUAAAGAGGUGGAGCCUAAGCACAAAGAGGUGGAGCCUAUGCACAAAGAGGUGGAGUCUUCUUCUUUAGAGGUAGGGCAUAUAUACAAUGAAACUACAGAGAAAAACAUUAAAUACAACACACCAGGUAAAGAGCUAGCAAAAGUGAUGAAAAAUAAUACAUAUUUUCACCACCUUAACACUGACAGUGGGCUGAAAAUCCAAGGAAAAGCCCACAGCAGCCAACAGGAAGUGCAGGAUAGUUCUAGUUUGUCUACUUCCUGUCGGCUCCGUCAGCCCAAAGUGCUGCUACACAGACUUGAUAUUACUGAUAUGCUGUUACCUGUGUCCGAGGUCUCUGCAACACCGAGGAGAGAGAGGCUUCAGAUUGACAAAGUGGGACAGAGAAGAGGACAGGUCAUAUCACAAAAGAGUGAGUGGAAUAUCAAUGAAGAGCCCUCUGAUGGUCAACCUCAGUAUUCUCUGGCCCCUGACCCAUCCCCUACCUCAGGGCAGCCUAAAAGAAGCAAGCGUGUCAAAAUAUGCUCCUUGUGUAGAAAGACUUUCAGCGAAGCAAAGGAUUUGACUGCACACAUGAGAUCUCACAAUGAGCAGAGCCCUUCCAAGUGCACCCAGUGUGGACAAGACUUUGAACACCAUGAGGACUUACAGAAACAUCAGCAGAAUGUGUGUGAGGAGGCAGCUCAACCAGAAGAGGACAACAUGUCUACGCCAUCUUUUAAGGAGGAUAACAUGUCUACGGCAUCCAUGGAGGAUCAGACGGAGCUAGCGUGCACGGAGCUAUCAGCGUCGGCCAAAGCCAGGACAUGCCGUGUGUGUCAUAAAACUGUCUAUAGUAGAAGUUAUUUGAGAAAGCACCUUAAAUCCCAACAUGGUCAACACCUGAAGAUGCACAAGAAACACAAAACGUUUUUCUGUUGCUCUUUGUGUAAUAAGUCCUUUGAUCUUUCUGAGCCAAACAAGUGUGAGGUGAACCAACAGCAAUUCCCCAGGAAGGCACACCCAGAGGCCAACACACUUAUAGCUGCAGUGAUACCGCAGCCCUCAAGCACUACAUCCCAGAACCCAACAACCUCCAAUGCUCUGCCCAUUCAGGCACAGUUCUACAAGGACUACAGAACAUGUCUUUUGUGCAAUGAAACUUUCGAUACUGCAGAGACCAUGAGAAAGCACCUAAGAUUUCAACACAAUAUACUGUCUUGCUUGUGCCACGAUUGUGGGGAAAGUUUCUCAAGCAAAUUAGAUCUUCAGAAACACUCAAAGAAUUGUUUGAGUAUUCCAGAUUCAAGAAAAUGUCAAGAGUGCAGGAAAAUUACUUCUCAAACAACGCAGCCGCAGACAAACAUUUGUCAGGAGAUGAACCAAAGACAACAGCAACUACCUGCAGGGGGAAAUGAGAUGGAGAUCCCUCAGUCUUGCAACACAGACAAUAACCACUUAAAUGACUUGCAGCAAUGCCAGCCAAAGGAGUAUGAGGAGAUUCACUUUCAGAGAGGACAGCAAGACUGGAGUGAGGAGGUUGAUCCAAACCAGCAUCCAGGGGAGGUUGAUCCAAACCAGCAUCCAGGGGAGGUUGAUCCAAACCAGCAUCCAGGGGAGGUUGAUCCAAACCAGCAUCCAGGGGAGGUUGAUCCAGGGGAGGUUGAUCCAAACCAGCAUCCAGGGGAGGUUGAUCCAAACCGGCAUCCAGGGGAGGUUGAUCCAGGGGAGGUUGAUCCAGGGGAGGUUGAUCCAGCGGACAGAAGCCGUUCUCUGGUUCCAAGGGAUAAUGGGACAGGGAUUCCCCAGUGCCACAGCACUUCACCCCAGAACCCAACAACCUCCGAUGCUCCCCCCACUCAGACGCAGCCACCUGGCAUCUCCACCCCCCCAGCCUCUCUAAUGUCUAGAACAUGCCCUUUGUGCUCAAAAUGUUUUGCUUAUAAAAAGACCAUGAUGCAGCAUCUGAGACGUCACUCACAGGGUCAGGGACCCUUCUUGUGCACCAUAUGUUCAAAGAGCUUUGGUACCGCCAGCGAUUUGAAGAGACAUCAGGGAAUUAAGAGCGGUUGUGGGCCAAAUCAUCGUAAUCUCGCCGUACCUGAGAAUGUUCCCACAGAACAAACAGCUGUCUUCUCCUGCCCCCAUUGUCAGGGACAGUACACGAGUGAAAAUAAAAUGAAAGCACACAUGGUAUGUCACACAGGAGAUGGGUUCACCUGUAGGUUUUGUGGCAAGAUAUUUGCUGAAGAUAAGAAAUUACGCAAUCAUAUUCGCUCUCAUAUUGACAGACGACAUCUAUGUGACACAUGUGGUAAAGAUUUUACAUCUCUGUCUAACUUGGAAAAACACACACUUGUACACACAGGAGAACGGCCGUACAUUUGCACAGACUGUGGCAAAAGUUUUAGUCUGAAGGGUAACCUGAAAGUCCAUCAACAGAGUCAUACAGGAGAGCGGCCAUUUGCAUGCACAAUGUGUAAAAUACGCUGUUUCACUCAGACUCAUCUAAAACGACAUAUGUUGAGGCACACAGGAGAGAAGCCUCAUAAGUGUUUGGCUUGUGGGAAGACAUUUCAACGGAAAAACACAUUGAGGAAACAUCAGCAAGAUUCGUGUUCUUAGUUCUUGGCUUUUACACACUUCUGAGACGCAGACUCAGUUAUAGUUUUUAUCGCUCAACAUUGAUAACAUUUAGUUGAUAACAUUAAUGGCUUGCAAUUGGUUGUAGGUUCUAGUCAACCGACAAGUUGGCAUCCAUCUUUUGCUACUCUCCCUUUUUGCAUAUUUGUAACAUCUAGCAGUUUUGUGUGUGUGUCUAUAUAUAUAUAUAUAUAUAUAUAUAUACUGCUCAAAAAAAUAAAGGGAACACUAAAAUAACACAUCCUAGAUCUGAAUGAAUUAAAUAAUCUUAUGAAAUACUUUUUUCUUUACAUAGUUGAAUGUGCUGACAACAAAAUCACACAAAAAUAAUCAAUGGAAAUCCAAUUUAUCAACCCAUGGAGGUCUGGAUUUGGAGUCACACUCAAAAUGAAAGUGGAAAACCACACUACAGGCUGAUCCAACUUUGAUGUAAUGUCCUUAAAACAAGUCAAAAUGAGGCUCAGUAGUGUGUGUGGCCUCCACGUGCCUGUAUGACCUCCCUACAACGCCUGGGCAUGCUCCUGAUGAGGUGGCGGAUGGUCUCCUGAGGGAUCUCCUCCCAGACCUGGACUAAAGCAUCCUCCAACUCCUGGUGCAACGUAGCAUUGGUGGAUGGAGCGAGACAUGAUGUCCCAGAUGUGCUCAAUUGGAUUCAGGUCUGGGGAACAGGCGGGCCAGUCCAUAGCAUCAAUGCCUUCCUCUUUCAGGAACUGCUGACACAUUCCAGCCACAUGAGGUCUAGCAUU